AUGCCCCACAAGAUUGCAUUCGUCGUCGUCAGCUCAUCUGGACAUGAAGAUGGCUUCAGUGCCCGGGAACUGAUGAUCCACGCACCAACCGUCAGCGGGUGGAGGUCACCGAGGUUUUGUCAGUUCCCACAAGAAAUUGUUCUUCAGAUGGUGGAGCGAUGUCGAAUAAGGAAGCUGCAGCUGCUCGCGCAUCAGUACAUGAUCCCCAGCAAAGUUGAGUUCUACAUCAGUGAGAGCCUGCCCGAGUACUUCACCCCGUAUCAAGCAGAGCGGUUCCGGAGGCUUGGCUAUGUAUCUCUCUGUGACAAUGAGAAGACAGGCUGCAAAGCCCGAGAACUGAAGUCGGUGUAUGUGGACGCAGUGGGGCAGUUUCUGAAGCUCAUAUUUCACCAAAACCACGUCAACAAGUACAAUGUGUAUAACCAGGUUGCUUUGGUUGCAGUAAAUAUCAUUGGAGACCCUGCAGACUUUGGCGAUGAAAGCAAUAUUACCUCCAGAGAGAAGCUGAUUGAUCACUACCUGGGGCACAAUGCAGAGGACCCAGCUCUUGAAGGAACUUGCUCUGGGAAGUCUGAUUAUAUCUCUCCACUAGAUGACUUAGCCUUUGACAUGUACCAGGACCCAGAAGUGGCACAGAUCAUCCGCCGGUUAGAUGAACAGAAGCGCGAGGCCGUGCAGAAGGAGCGCUACGACUAUGCCAAGAAGCUGAAACAAGCCAUCGCUGACUUGCAGAAGGUGGGGGAGCGCCUGGGCAGGUACGAGGUGGAGAAGCGCCGUGCCGUGGAGAAGGAGGACUACGACCUGGCCAAGGAGAAGAAGCAGCAGAUGGAGCGCUUCCGCAGCCGCGUGUACGAGCAGCUGCAGCUGCACCAGCUGGUGGGCGCUGAGCUGAUGAGAAGGCCUCUCGACCUGCCCCUGCAGCCCCUGGCCUGUCCCAGCAGCCCCCACCACCAGCUACCCAUGCACUCCCUGCCACAGCCGGAGGAGAGGGUGACAGAAAACCAGCGUGCGGACCCUUUCCUUCAGGAGAAGCCUUCAUCACACCGCCUGGACGUGUCUCCUCAGCAUCUCACGGUGGACCGGCCACCUCCUGCUACUGACCCCCCUCCCAAGACCCACCCCGAGUCCCUGCCCUACGAUGAACGGCCUCUCCCCGUGACCCGCAAGCAGCUCGGGGUGGCGGUCUCCGAGGCAGAGAGGAGGGACGCGCUCGGCGACGAGGCUUGCAGAGCGGACACCACAGGCGAGCCAGAGCCCCUGACAGAGAAAGCCUUGCGGGAAGCCAGCUCUGCUGUGGAUGUGCUGGGAGAGGCCCUGGUGGCCGGAGCCUACUCCAGGACGUGGUCGCACCGGGAGGAUGCGCUCCUCACCCUGCAUAAGCAGCUGACAGACACACCCCUGGGGACCCCAAAAGAGGACCUGAAGAGCACGCUGAGGGCCGCUGUCUUCCUUGUCAGGAGAGCCAUCCGCGACAUCGUGACCCCAGUCUUUCAGGCAUCUUUGAAACUGUUGAAAAUGAUAAUUACACAGUAUAUUCCUAAACACAAACUGGGCAGGCUUGAGACGGCUCACUGUGUGGAAAGGACGAUUCCUGUCUUGCUCACGAGAACUGGAGACUCUUCUGCUCGCCUCCGUGUUAUGGCUUCUAAUUUCAUUCAGGAGAUAGCCUUGUUUAAGGAAGUGAAGUCUCUCCAGGUCAUCCCAUCUUACCUGGUCCAGCCACUGAAAGCCAACUCCUCAACUCACCUGGCCAUGAGCCAGAUGGCAUUGCUGGCACGACUGCUGCGGGACCUGGGCACGGAGGGUGCGGGCUUCACCGUGGACAGUGUGAUGCGGUUUUCAGUGCAGGCCCUGGAGCACAGGGUGCGAGAGGUGCGUGAGGCGGCCGUAGGGAUGAUCCUGGACCUGUACGCGCAGCACCGGGACCUAGUCCUAGAGUACCUCCCGCCCGACGACAGCGCCACCCGCAGGAACAUCCUCUACAAAACGAUCUUUGAGGGGUUUGCCAAAAUAGACGGCCGACCCACAGAUGCCGAGAUGAGGGCACAGAAAAGAGCUGCUGCCGAAGAAGCAGAAAAACGAAAGAAAGAAGAAAUCAAAGCUUUGCAAGGGCAGUUGGCAGCCCUAAAAGAGAUGCAGGCUGAAGUCCAGGAAAAAGAGAGUGAAGCUACGAAGGCCAAGAACCAGGACACUCAAGAAAGGAAAGCAGCCCCACCAAACGCUCCAGAAAUUCCAGAUAACCACUAUUUAGACAAUUUAUGUAUUUUUUGCGGGGAGAGGAACGAGUCCUUCACCGAAGAAGGCCUGGACCUCCAUUACUGGAAGCACUGCCUCAUGCUGACAAGAUGCGAGCACUGCAGACAGGUGGUGGAGAUUUCCAGCCUGACGGAGCACCUGCUGACUGAGUGUGACCAGAAGGACAGCUUUGGAAGGUGUUACCGCUGCAGCGAGGCUAUUUCAAAGGAGGAGCUGCCCAGACACGUCAAAACCAGAGACUGUAACCCUGCCAAGUCAGAGAAGCUGGCAAACCGGUGUCCUCUGUGCCAUGAGAACUUCAGCCCCGGAGAAGAGGCGUGGAAGGCCCAUCUCAUGGGCCCCGCCGGCUGCACCAUGAACCUGCGCCGGACGCACGUGCUGCACAAGACGCCCAUGCUGCCACCAGGUAAAGGCCCAGCCGCCACCAGGGCAGGGACCUCAGGAUCCAAAGUGGGAAGCAAGAUCCCCACCCCGAAGGGGGGCCUGAGUAAAAGCUCCAGCAGGACGUACACGAAGCGGUGA